ACACACACACACACACACACACAUAGUAAUAGUAUUUUUUUAAAUUGGAAAACUUAAUUGAAAAAGCAAAAAAAACCCCUCCAAAACUGUCCAAUAAAAACACUCCCAAUUUCCUUCAACUCCAAAAAACAAACAAACAAACAAAAAACCAGAAACCCCAAAACCAAAAACACCAAAAAAAGGGGAAAAAAGAAAAACAUAACUAAACAAACACAUGCUCUGUAACUCUGUUCAUCUUCCCCUCUGCUUCCUUCUUCCCCUCACAAACUCCAAGAAAAAAAAGCCUCAUUUCUUCUAUCCUUCCUCCGCCGCAGCUCCGCCCCCGCCACCCCUAAAUGGCCACCCUCCGCGACCGCAUCACGGCCUACUUCCUCCUCCUCCUCACCAUCUUCAAUUCCUUCUCCGCCGCUGAUGACGCCGCCGUCAUGCAAUCCCUCUUAGCUGCUCUCUCUCCGGCUCCAUCCGGCUGGUCCACCACCAAAAGCUUCUGCGACUGGACUAAUGUUCACUGUGAUCCGACCAACAAGUUCGUGACGGAGAUAAACAUCGACGGGCUUGGCGUUUCCGGUACUCUUCCACCUGAGCUCAACCAGCUCUCUAAGCUCACAUCAUUUACUGCCCAGAAAAAUUCCCUCUCCGGUGCUUUACCUUCUUUCGCCAACAUGACCAGCUUGCAGAAAGUUUAUCUGGAUUCCAAUUCUUUAACCUCUGUGCCGCCGGAUUUCCUCUUGGGUUGUACUGGGUUGCAGUUUGUUAGCGUCACUGACAAUAACUUCUCCCCUUGGGAAAUCCCUUUGUACCUAACUGAGAGUGUCAAUUUGAACAGCUUUUUGGCGAGUAAUGCUAGUGUUGUUGGUGGGAUUCCAGAUUUCUUCGAUUCUUUUCCGAAUCUACAGAACUUGCGGCUUUCUUACAAUAAUUUGUCUGGGGUUUUGCCUAAGAGCUUUGGGGGAUCUGAGGUGCAGAAUCUAUGGCUUAAUAACCAGAUACAACAAGGGUUGACAGGCCCUAUUGAUGUUUUGUCGUCCAUGUCACAGUUGUAUCAAGUUUGGUUGCACGGUAAUGCUUUUACUGGGCCUAUCCCAGACUUGUCAAAAUGCACAAGUCUGUUUGAUUUGCAGCUGAGGGAUAAUCAGUUUACUGGAGUUGUUCCGGAAUCAUUGAUGAAUUUGCCAAAUCUGGCGAACAUAUCGUUGCAGAACAACAAGCUGCAGGGCCCAACCCCUCAGUUUAAUCCUAAGGUUAAUGCUCAAUUGGGGACUACUAACAGCUUUUGUACUCCUAGUGGACCCUGUGAUCCGCAGGUCACUGCGCUUCUCGCUGUUGCUGGUGGUCUAGGGUAUCCUAUGAUGCUGGCUCAAUCAUGGACAGGGAAUGAUGCUUGCCAGCCAUGGUCUUUUAUUACUUGUGAUCCACAGGGUAAGAAUGUGACAAUGGUGAAUCUUGGGAAGCAUGGUUUCUCAGGUACUAUCUCUCCGGCACUCGCGAAUUUGACAUCUUUGAGGAAUAUAUAUCUCAAUGAUAAUAAUUUGACCGGUACAGUUCCUCAAGUUUUGACUACUUUGCCUCAACUUCAGACUCUUGAUGUUUCUAAUAAUAAUUUAGCUGGACCUAGGCCUGAUUUUCCUACUGGUGUGAAGUUUCUAUACAACGGUAAUUUGCUUCUUGAGAAAAAUGAAACGGGUGGUGGCAGCAGUGGUGGGCCGGCUGGACCAGGAUCAACUCCAGGUGGACGCGGUGGAAGUUCAUCUGGGGGUGCAAGUCCUAAAUCAUCAGUUUCGGCAGGUAUGAUUGCCGGGGUUGUAAUUGCUGUUGUGAUUUUUGUUGGAGUUGUGUUGUUUGUGUCGUACAAGUGUUAUGCCAAGAGAAGGCUUAAGAGUUUUGGAAAGGUUGAAGGUUCCGAAAGAGGGUCUGAAAUGAUGAAAUCAGCUGUAGCCACAAGUGGUACUAAUGGCUAUGGUGGACUUAGUGACUUACAUAGCCACAGCAGUGGUGAUCACAACAAUGAUCUUCCUAUGUUUGAAGGUGGAAAUGUUGUAAUUCCAAUUUCAAUUCUUCGUGAAGUGACAGGUAAUUUUAGUGAAGACAAUGUGUUGGGCCGGGGAGGAUUCGGAGUUGUUUAUAAAGGGGAAUUGCAUGAUGGAACUAAGAUUGCUGUGAAGAGAAUGGAAUCUGGGGCAAUGGGUACCAAAGGCAUGACUGAGUUCCAGUCAGAAAUCGCUGUACUUACCAAAGUGAGGCACAGGCAUUUGGUUGCCCUUUUAGGUUAUUGUGUUAAUGGCAAUGAGAGGCUUUUGGUGUACGAGUAUAUGCCGCAGGGAACCCUAGCGCAGCAUUUAUUUGAAUGGCAGGAGCUUGGCUAUCCUCCUCUUACUUGGAAGCAGAGGGUAACCAUUGCACUAGAUGUUGGAAGAGGAGUUGAGUAUCUCCAUAGCCUGGCCCAGCAAAGUUUUAUCCAUCGCGAUCUAAAACCUUCGAACAUUCUUCUUGGGGAUGACAUGAGGGCAAAGGUUGCUGACUUUGGUUUAGUAAGAAAUGCACCAGACGGAAAAUACUCUGUUGAGACUAGGUUGGCUGGAACAUUUGGAUAUCUUGCUCCUGAGUAUGCUGCUACUGGACGAGUGACAACAAAGGUGGAUGUUUAUGCUUUUGGAGUUGUUCUGAUGGAGCUCAUUACUGGUAGAAAAGCACUAGAUGAGACAAUGACUGAUGAGCGGUCUCAUUUGGUGACUUGGUUCCGACGGGUACUUAUCAACAAAGACAACCUGCGAAAGGCCAUUGACUCGACUCUUGAUCCUGACGAGGAAACCUACGAAAGUAUUUGCAAAGUUGCUGAAUUGGCAGGUCACUGCACUGCACGUGAACCGCAUCAGAGACCCGACAUGGGACAUGCUGUUAACGUACUCGGUCCUCUUGUUGAGCAAUGGAAACCUACCAGGAAUGAAGACGAAGAUAGCUAUGGCAUUGACCUCCAUAUGAGCCUUCCUCAAGCCCUUCAAAGAUGGCAAGCUGAUGAAGGUACUUCCAGAAUGUUUGAUGAUUUCUCAUACAGUCAAACACAGGCCAGCAUUCCCUCCAAGCCAUCAGGAUUUGCAGAUACAUUCAGUUCAACAGAUUGCAGAUGACAGCAAGGAUGAUCCAUACAUCAGGCUGUCUUAAACUAUAAGGGAGCACCUUUCGGAAAUUGGUUAGUGUUCUUCAGAUGAUCACUUGCCUUAAGCGGUUCAGGUCAUUCCAGUUAUUUAUGAUUUUCCCACCUUGGAAAUGUGCUUUUUAAUAUCACACUAAUCCUUGCAAGAAAAUAUAUGGUCAUCAGCAAGAGGGUUUCUUUUUCUUCUUUUUUUGUGGGAUUUGUUGAACAUUGAGGUUGACAAUUGAAUUGGUCAGAUUUGAGCUUUUUGUUGAGUUAGUUUGUAAAAUAGAAUAGGGAAGAAAGAGAGUAUUUUGUAACAAAUUCUUUUUCCACUUGAUUCUUUAUUGUAAAUUCUCAUGUUGUUUGUUAUUUAAAUUCACUUCUUUCUUUCUAACCUUCCAUGUUCUGUGAUUCGGAAUCGUCAUGGACGGC